AUGCCUAUAUCAAUUGACAAAAGUGACAAUCAUUCCAGCCUACAGUCUCAGACACCUGCCAAUCCCCUGCCAUCUUUCCCUGACAUCAUCAACUUUGACUGGGGUCUACUCAACAACCCCUCACAUGCCGCUCUUGAUCUGCCACCUGAGCAGGAAGCAGUUGCCUCAAUAGCGCAGGCUGCUCUUGACCACUUCAAUGCACUCUCGGAUUCCUCAAACGAAGACCUUGAAUGGUCAGAUGCUCCCAGCAACAAUGAAUUACCGGAGGUCACUGUGAUUGUCAACGAUGGUAUUGAAAUAGCCAGUCAUGGACGCAAACAUGCUCGUACUGCAGACCAUACAGCAACCUCACACCGGUGGUUCCCUUGGCAAGACAAGGUUACGUAUACCCUGGAUAUAUUAAUGCAUUUACCCCGCUCAGUUUUCUCGCAGAAACAACUUGAUCUGUUUCUCUGGCUGCUCAAAGUCAAUGAUGUGGAUGAUGUCCCGUCAGUCAAGACCAUGCAAAGUCUUAAUUCCGCUUUGCAGAAGUGCUGUGGCAUUGGGACUAUCGCUUACAAAGGAGCGCUGGGGCAUCAUUACCAUGUGAACAACCUUGCUCAUAUUAUAUCUCAGUUCUACCCCGAAGACAGUGGACUAUGGCUCUCAGAGGCUCGACAGGGUUUGCACUGGCUGCAUGAAGUUCCAGAUGAGCAGCUCACACCUAUGGCACGGCUCAACAGCCACAAUUAUUACAUACACAAACCUGCAAUGCUCUCGGAUGGCCGUGUAUGUAUCCCCUUCCGCUGGUUUUAUCGUACUCAGAAUGGCUAUCCAAUGAUGUUUGCCUGGUGCUGGGCCAUGGAACCUGUAGACACAGACCACCAGCGUAGUUGGAAGGUCAUCAAAUGUGAUGAUUAUGUGGUUUCGCAGAAUGAGUUCCUCAUGAAUUUCCCGUGGCUUUGUCAGAAUGUGAAGCAAUAUGAUCUUCCUGACCCCAGGCUUCUCUCUGAUACAUUAAAAAAUGAGAUUGUUGUUACCGUUGUAGACUCCAAGACAUCCUCAACUUCUGAUUUUCCAAUAUGGAUGUACUGUGAUGACAGGUCCGGUAAUAUGUCCAAGAAAUGGAAUGAACAUAACAGUUUUCUGUUUAUUCCUGCAGGUCUUCCACGAUUCAAGGCCCAACAAGAAUACAAUGUACACUUUUUGUGUACAUCCAACUUAGCACCUCCACUGGAGAUGCUGGAUGGUAUUGUUGGCCAGCUCAACAACGCACAAAAAAGUGGUGUUUGGUCAUGGGACUCUCAAACAAAUGAGCCAGUCCUUCUUCUACCCUUCGUACUUGCUCUGUUGGGAGACAAUCCUAUGCAGAGUGAAUUUGCUUGCCACAUAGGACUGUGUGGCAAACUUUUUUGUCGUGCAUGCUGGGUCAAAGGAACUGAUGCUGCUACCAACAUCCUCAAGUCAGCAGGCCAGUGUGUCCACCAAGAAAGCAAUGGAGCCAAAAGUGAUGCAGACAGCCAAAUGGCCAGCGACGACAGUGCAAAUGAAGGAACAUCCAAUCCAGCCAGUGAAACCAAAAGUGUUGGUAAACCUCGAAACAAGCAAGAAACAAUCACUCAGUUGCAUGCCCAAUUUGUUCAAGCAUCCCAGCUUGAUUCAAAGACAAAAGUCAACAAGAUGCGCACAGAAUCUGAUAAGGUUGUCGGUUCAUACCAGCAAUUGAGAGGUGUGGCAAGCAAACAAGCUGCAUUAGAUGAGUCAAUAGCAUCUCUUCCCAACACGAUCAUCAGUCCUGUGUGGAGAACCAAAGGACUUGACCCACACCAAGACACGCCUGUUGAAAUACUACAUGUUGUGUUACUUGGCUUUGUUAAAUACUUGUGGCGGGACUUAGUACAGCUUCAGCUUAAGGGUAAACUCGACAAGCUCAACCUCCUUGCCACCAGACUGUCAUCUCUUAAUGUCAAUGGCCUUGGCAUCUCACCACUUACUGGAAAAACUUUGGUACAGUAUUCUGGUUCACUCACAGGGCGGGACUUUUGUGCCAUAGUUCAGGUGGCCCCAUUCGUCAUCUAUGACCUUGUCUCCAAGGAGUGUAUGGAUACAUGGGUUGCAUUAUCCAAGUUGAUUCCGUUGAUUUAUCAGCCAGAAAUACAUGACAUCAAUGCACACUUGGACAUACUCACAAAAGAAAUAGAAUAUUUCUUAUUAUAUUCAGCACAAUGGACAUGUUGUUGGUUUAACAAGCCAAAAUUUCACAUUUUUGUACACUUAGUACAACAUAUCCGUUGCUUUGGUCCCGCAAUUCUGUUUGCUAUUGAAGUAUUUGAGUUGUUUAAUGCAGUUAUAUGGGCCAAAAGUAUCCAUUCUAAUCAACAUGCCCCUUCUCGAGACCUUGCACGAGCAUUUGCGCAAGGGAACCGCAUUCGACAUCACCUUAGUGGAGGCAAAUUUGUUUAUUUGCCUGCCUUACCUGCCGAGCACCCACUGGAUGGCCCCAUUCCCAUGCAAGGACAACAAUCUUUCUCUUUUCGUGCAUCUGACUGGCGUGAGGUUGGGCCUGGCCCUCUAUCACUAAUUGCAUCCCCAAAUACAGUUUCACAUUACUUGGUCGCGCAUUCAUUUGCUUCCACCUUGACAGGGCAAAAACUCCCUCAUGCAAUGCCCGAUGCUGGUUCCUGUCUUUGCAAAACCAAUGAUACCAUUGUGCUCUCAAACGGUGACCAAUGUGCCCUGGGCCAAUUUGUAGUUGUCCGGCCACGAGGGUCUCUUGACCUCAUUUAUAUGGCACAAGUGGAAGAAAUUUUGCAAGUAAAGGGCACACCAAACGAACUUACACAACUCGCAGAUGGCAUUCUAGUCCAGUCGGUAUCUACAAGUCAACACUCAGAUGCUUAUUCAAUGCCUCGCACUAUCUUAACUGAUGGAUGGGGUCUCCUACGUGACAUUAUGUGUACGGUCAAUGUGCAACACAACUGUAACAACAAUCUAUGUGAUACGUCAGGGAUCCGCUAUCAUUUCCGAAUAGACUUGCCUAUCCUGGAUAUUGAAGAAGUUUUGACUGGGAGUGUGGCACGUGAAGUUGAUGCACGGAGAUCAGCUGCUCAUAUCAGUUCCUACAACGAUAGCUUCUCGGGCCAUUCAUCUGCGAGGUUGCAUUCCAGCUCAGUCCAGUUCCUACAAUGA